AUGUUGGAAGCCACAGUUAAAGCGGGAGAUUCCUAUGCUUGGAGGAGCCUAAUGAAAGGGGUUGAUCUUUUGAAACAGGGAGUUCGGUUCCAGAUUGGUACGGGGUCUAGUGUUUCUGUGUGGAAUGACCCAUGGUUGCCGCGCCCAUACACGUUUAAACCUUACUCAGGGGUAAUGGAAGGGUUGGAAGAUUUGAUGGUCGGUGAUUUGAUUGACCCGGACACGUCGACUUGGAUGGUAGAUCUGUUGGAGGAAUUGUUUUACGCAGAUGAGGUGGAGAUGAUCCGGAAAAUUCCAUUGAGUAUACGGAGCCCAGAUGAUAGACUUAUAUGGCAUUUUGAUAAGCACGGCCUCUAUUCAGUGAGGAGUGGUUAUCAUUUGGCUGGGGGUGUAAACGCAGACCAGUCUCGUGGGUCUUCUUCAAGUCCAGCGGGUUCGAACAAGACAUGGAAGCAAGUCUGGAAGGUACGUGUCCUGCCUAAGGUUAAGAGUUUUGUGUGGCGACUCAUGAGAAAUAUUCUUCCUACAAAGGUGGCUCUAAGUAAGAAGAUAUGCAUGGAAGAGCAGCUGUGCCCGUUUUGUCGAACUGAAAACGAAACAGCGUUGCAUCUGUUUAAAGAGUGUAGCGGAGCUGCAUGCAUGUUGAUUAUUAGUCCAUUAGGGCUGCGGGCCAGAAAUCAUGGAGCCAAUAACAUGGAAGAGUGGGUGGUAGGCAUGAUGGAUGUGCUAACAACGGGGCAAGUGGAGAUGUUUUUUAUGCUACUGUGGGCCCUCUGGGUUGAGAGAAAUAACAUGGUAUGGCAAGGAACAAGUUUUGAUCCCAUCAAUACGGUGACUUGGUCAAUGUUACUCUUACAAGAAUAUCAAAACUUACACCCAUGUGAGACGAAACUGAAGAGAAGGAAGGUGUCAGAAAGGUGGAAGUUUCCACCAAGUGGGAGACUCAAGUUAAAUUUUGAUGGGGCUUAUAGAGAUGAUGGAUGGGGGGGAGCAGGAGUAAUUGUCAGAGAUGAGCAAGGGGAGAUCCGACAUAUUUAUCGAGAAGCAAAUAAUGCGGCCCAUAGAUUGGCGUGUUUUGCUAGUCUUGAUAGAGUAGUAGAGCUACGCUUAGCUGAGGCACCUGUUUAUAUACAUGAUGUCCUCUUUGAGGAUAAGUGUAAUGCUCAGAGUGAGGCACGAGUUAGAGGUUCUUUGUCCCUCUCGGAGCUACACUCUAAUUUUAAUAUAAAUAAUGGGUGUGAGAAUGAGCCUCUUCUGGGCUGA